AUGGCAUUGGGUAUGAAUGAUGAAUUGCCAAAUCGUGAAGACGCUGAACAAUUCUAUCAAGAAUAUGAUCCAAUAGAAGUCAUAGGAAGAGGUUCAUCAUCGGUUGUUUUUAAAUGUGUAGAAAAAGAAACAAGAACAGAAUAUGCUUGUAAAAUAAUGAAAUUUAAUGAUAAUAAUGAACAUGAACGUGCAGCAAUAUUAUAUGAAGUUCAAAUGUUGAAAUUAGUUGGUAAACAUCCAAAUAUUAUUGAUAUAGUCGCAUCAUUUGAAACACCAAAUUAUGUAUUUAUUUUUAUGGAAUUAUGUCCAAAUGGAGACUUAUCUGAUUAUCUUACUGAAGAUAAGCGUUUAUCAGAAAAACGUACACGUCAAAUAAUGUCCAGUAUAUUAAAUGCAGUUAGUCAUUUACAUUCUCAUCAUAUUGUUCAUCGAGAUUUAAAACUAGAAAAUGUUUUAAUGGAUUCAAAUAUGAAUGUUAAAAUAAUUGAUCUUGGUUUUGCAGUACAAAUAUCAGAAAAUAAAUCAUUAUAUGAUCAUUUUGGAACACCUAGUUAUAUGGCACCUGAAUUACUUCGAUGUUCUCCACAUAAUGGUAUGCCUGGUUAUGGGCUUCCAGCGGAUUUAUGGGCGUGUGGUGUUAUAUUAUAUAGAUUACUUAGUGGUUUCUUACCUUUCCCGAAUAGAAAACAACAUUUAAUGUUUCGUAUGAUUAAGGAAGGUCAAUAUACAAUGACUGGCUCUGAAUGGAGUAAUGUUUCUAAAACAGCAAAAGAUUUAAUUCGUCAUCUAUUAGAUAUUGAUCCAUCUGAACGUUAUACAGCUGCACAAGCACUACAACAUUCAUUUUUUAAUAAUGAACGAAUACGAUUUAGAGAUUUUAUGGCUAAAAGAACACUUAAAGCACAUAUUGUACUUAUUUGGUCAAUACAUCGUUUAAGAACAUUACAUUAUACACCACAACCUAUACGAAGAGAAGAAUUAUUAGAAAGUCCAUAUCGAUUUAAAUUUUAUCGUAAAAUGGUUGAUUCUGCAGCUUUUCUUCUAUAUGGACAUUGGAUAAAGAAAGAUGAAGAUCAAAAUCGUGCAAUAUUAUUUCAAACAGAAGAAAAAUUUGAUCUUGCUCAUCAGGAAUCAGAAUUAUUUGAUUUACAACGUCAGAAUGAAGCUGAUGAAGGAUAUACUCUUCGAUAA